AUGAACAUCAAUACUCCUUCAACAACCACUAAUAAUGCUGAAAAGAUAUUGAUCACUCCUCCAAAGACAGUUGUCUGUAAACAAAUUAUUGAUACUCAAAUUAAUAGUAUUGACUUUUCAGAGGAUACUCACAGUGUCGCUAUUGCUUGUAGUGAUAAGACUAUUAGAAUUUUCAAUUCCAAAUCAGGAAAUUUCACAACUACCCUUCACGGAUCUACUGACAGUGUAAUCAAGGUGAAAUUUAGCAGUGUUGGUCAAUUGGCUCUUGGUGCUUGUGCUGAUUCAAUUUGUAGAAUUUGGAAUUUGGGAAAUGAUCGUGUAAGACACACACUCACUGGUCACACUAAAAAGAUUUACGGAGCUGACUUUUCACCAGACUCUAAGAAGGUUGUUACUGGAGCUCACGACAGAACUAUCAAAUUCUGGGAACUCCAAUAUGGUACCUGUGAAAAGACCUUGUUGACUUGCAAGUCCAGUGUCAAUGAUGUAGAAGUUUCCAGAGGUGACACUAUUGCUAGUGCUCACUUUGAUUCAGCUGUUAGAUUGUGGGAUAUGAAGUCAUUUAAACUCAUUUCUGAAAUUGAGAGAGCUCACGAUGGCCAACAAGUUACCAGUGUCAGUUUCUCAAAGGACGGCACUAAAUUGUUGAGUAAUGGUAAGGACAACUUGCUCAACAUUUAUGAUUUGAGAAUGACUCAAAAGGUUCUCGAUACCUUGAAACAUACUGACUAUAAGAAUACCAUUGCUUACAAUAAGGCAUGCUUCUCUCCUUGUGGUGAAUAUUGUGCCGCUGGAGGCACCAAUGGUAAAUUAUUCAUUUGGUCUUUGACUCCUCAAACAACAAAGGCUAUGGGAUCAGCUGUUCUAGUUGUGAAUGGCCAUUCCAGUUCUAUUACAGGUGUUACUUGGAAUAUUGAUGGUUCUCAAAUUGCUUCAUGUGGUUUAGAUAAGGGUCUCUUUAUCUAUGAAUAAAGUUAUUUGAUUACUUUGAUUUUU